GCUCAGGUUUUAACAAGUCUCAGGUACAUGCAUCUGUGCAGCAUCAUGACUGAAGCGGAGUUAUACUCAGUCUACAAGGGAGUUUAUGUCCCCAAAGAUUUUCACCCACCUGAGUGUCUGAGGUACUAUGAGGAGUUCAACUUUCGGCAGGAUGAUAUUUUAAUUGUUACUUAUCCAAAAUCAGGUAGGUUGCGCACAACAUGGAUGCAGGAGAUUGUCCCGUUGAUCAAGAGUAAGGGGGAUCUCACCCCUGUCCAGACUAUUCCCAACUGGGACAGAGUGCCAUGGCUGGAGGAGCACAGAGCGAGCAUCCUUAAUCUGGAGGAGAGACCCUCUCCACGGAUAUUUGCAACUCACUUCCACUAUAACAUGAUGCCAGAGUCGUUCUUCAAAGUCAAGCCAAGGGUCUUGUAUGUCCUGCGACACCCAAAGGAUGUCUUCACUUCAUCUUUCCAUUAUCAUAAAAUGGCUUCAUUCCUGGUGAAUCCUGGAACGGUGGACGAGUUCAUGGAAAAGUUCCUUACCGGAAAAGUAAUGUUUGGCUCCUGGUUUGACCAUGUAAAGGGAUGGACACAUGUCAAAGACCAAGAACAUAUUUUAUACAUAUUCUAUGAAGAGAUGAUAAUGGAUCUUAAGGAGUCUGUUCGGAAAAUGUCCAGUUUUCUUGGGAAAUCUCUAAGCCAAGAAGUCAUCGCAGACAUAGCUGAUCACUGUGUGUUCAAAAACAUGAAAACAAACAAGAUGUCAAACUAUUCCUUGGUGUCGAGUGAAAUCUUUGACCAGAAAAAGUCAGCAUUUUUGAGGAAAGGCACUACUGGAGAUUGGAAGAACACACUGACUGAAGCCCAAUCAGAUCAUUUUGAUGCUGUUUAUGAAGAGAAAAUGAAAAAUGUCAAAUUCCAUUUUGUUUGGGAUUGAAUUAGUCAUACCCAUGGUAGGUUUGUUUCCUAUAAUAUCUAUGAGGAUGUCAUUACUUGUGGCAUAGGUGCUUUGAGGAGGUGCUUUGUUUUGUAUUGUCAGAAAUGCAAAUACCAAUUUUCCUCAACGAUAAGCUUUAAGGUUUGUGAUUAGAAGGUAUUAGGUAAAAGAAUUAGAAGGUAAAUCAAAACUGACAAAACACUAUAAAACAUUUCAAACAAGUACCAUCAGUUACAGGUCUGUACCUGACCGGCAAAGAUAGUUCAGGCAACUAAAAACAAACCAUGCUGCUGAAGAAAUAACUAUAUGUUCCAACUGGUAGAGCCAUGUAGCAACAAAAUGGAAUGAAAUACAGUACACACAGGCUACAUAGAUCAGUGGAUGUUUGAAAUUAAACUUCCAAUGGUCAAACUUUAA